AUGAAGCGUCAGAGGGCACCGAUUGCUUGUGAGAAAUGCCGGCUGCUCAAGGCCAAGUGUGAUGGGCGACAGCCAAUUUGUACUCGGUGCGAAGGCUACGGCUUCAAGUGCUCAUGGUCAUCACGUAAACGAAAGGUUCCAUUGCCGGAAGUGGAGACUACGAGAGAUAUGUCCCCUAAAGAGCCAGAGCACCGGGAUUUGUCAGACGAAUCAAGGCAUGAUGAGUUGGCGAGCUAUCAAAGCGCUGUGCGGCAAUACGAAUCUCUGAUGCAGGAGCUACUAUCAAACCUCGAUCAGAACCAGAAAGGAGCCCUGAAUGCUAGUCUACACACAAUCCGCCGCCAGCUGCCUGUCAAUGCCACGGAUUCAAGUUUGGAGCAACCUGCCUCGACCCGAGAACCGAGCACUGUUUCUAGCGAGGCGGGCGUGGAUUCACCCGCCACCUACGUGGGCAAGGCGAGCGAUAUCCAUUUCAUACACCGCAUUCGCCAGUGCUAUCAGACUGGGGCCUGGACUGCAAGAGAAUCCUCGCCAGCCGAUAACUAUAGUCAGACUCAUAUCACCAAGAGCCUGGCCGGGUUGACCCAGCCUCUCAUCGUUCCGACUCCUACCGAAGCGCAAGGCUUCAUAGAUGUUUAUUUGUCCACCAUCCAUGUCGCUUACCCGUUUCUUUGCAGAGAGAUUCUCCUGGAGCAGUUUCAGGUCUUUCAGGCCGGUGAUUACGCGUACCAGGAAUUUGAGCCGUGGCUUGCAUUGUUCAACUUUAUCUUCGCUAUCGGCUCCUACUACACCUCUUUUCCACAUCGAUCUGGGACAGCUUCUUCCGAUCAUCUGCGAUACUUUGAGCAAGGCCUAUACUUCUCUCGGGAACUAGGCGCAACAUGCUCUUUGCUGAGUGUGUGGGCCUUGAUAGUGCAAUGCUUCUUCCUACUGGCGAUUUGCCACACAGAUAGGUGCUGGAACACACUAGGCUUUGCCAUCCGCAUGGGGCAGAGCAUCGGCCUUCAUGUGGAAUCGUCCCCCAUGCAUACCCGGACAUCAUGGAUGGCCGACCGGGUGCACUGGCGGCGAACAUGGUACUCGAUGUAUGUUCUCGAUCGGCUGCUUGCGCUUCAGCUCGGCCGUCCUAUGGCCAUUCACGAAAGCGACUUUCAAGUGGAGAUGCCCUCUUCCUCUGACCCCUUCCCAUUCGGUCAUAAUCCAACUAUAUCCGCGAAAUCUAGUACGGCAAGCAGAGAUACACCGACCUGCUCCCUUAUGGACUACUUCCUUGCCGUGAUCCGUUUCUCUUACUUGGUGGGUGCAGUCAUUCGGGAGUUGUACCGGCCCUCGCAGAUCGACGUGGCCCCGGACAUGAUGCUCAACACCUCGUCGGCUCUGGAUCAACGGCUCAGCGAAUGGAAGAAGGGACUGCCACGGCAUCUGCGGUUUGACCUGGGUCAUACUUUUGAGAGUUCGGUUACCUUCAAGCGACAGCGUAAUAUGCUGGCCGUGAAGUAUCAUCAUCUGCGCGCUUUGAUCCACAGACCCUUUCUAUGCCUUCCUCUCCUGCAGGUCAAUAACCAUCCGUUCAUGGAACUGAUGCGUCGAGACAAACGCAGAAUCGCUCAGGCCGAGUCCACAUGCGUCCAGGAAGCACGGCAGACAGCGCAGCUACUCCACAAUCUGGUCGACGAACGCAGUCUAGUACACGACUUCCCCUGGUGGCAGAUGAUCUCAUGCUUGAUCUGCGCCAGCUCAAUCCUCUUUGUGGCCGAAGCUUUCUGCCCGAACCAAGACUCGUUUCAUAGCACCUCGUCUGCGCAGGAUCUGCGAGAAGAUGCCGAGACCUGCUUGAAGGUCUUCGAGGCGCUGAGUGCUAACUCGGCUGCCGCUCGAAAAGCGGCCGACAUGUUGAAAGCACUUUCUAGCCUACAUCAUUCCAUUCAUAGAGCUACAGCGCCGCCGGCAGUCGUAGAGUCUACCUCACUGCCGUUAUCGCUCUUACCACAACCCCUCAGCAACACCGAACCUGCUCUAAAUCUCGAUACUGCGCCAUUCACGUCGUCACACAUCAUGCCAGACGAUCUCCAGUUUCCUGGGGAAUGGCCUAGUGAGAUUUCCAGUGCGAUGGCGUGGUCGGUGCAGUUUUUCGACCACCCUUCGGCUCGGGCUGCAGACUUCCCCUCUGGAACAGAAGAGCAUUCCUUUGGAUGA